GAGGCAAAGGUGAGAAUUGUCGCGAAUUAAAAAAGAUAACAAUUCUCCAAGCGACCUUGUAACUCUACGAUUUUCUUCUUUAUAGGGUGGUUGGUACUGGACUUUACUGACUUUACUGAUGACUUCUAAAAUGCAGCACCUGGCUCCGGAUAACUCUUUCCUUGAUCGCGGUGCUCGGAGUGCCCCAGACAUCUUUGGCAUAAACAAAGAAGAAGAGGAAGGAGAGACCGAAUUGAUACAGAUAACAGAAGUAAAGUCUAAGAACUUUUUAAACUACUCCCCAGUAGUUGGAAGAGGAAGAGCAGGUGGCAGUAGAACGCCUCCCCCUCAGUAUUCUAAAGUUUCUGAGAAACUGAGACAGAUUGGGUCUUCAAGUCCAACCGUUCAACGAUUGCAGUGUGGCACCUUCUGUGGUGGUAGGGGAUGCAAGUACGACAGCCCGAGCAGGUGGAGGAAGGAGGAGACCGGGGUCGCAUUUGAUGGUCUUUACUCUCAUUGGGUGACUGAUAAUAUAUUAGCAAUGGCUAGACCCUCCACACAAUUAUUCACACAAUACAAGCUAUUGGACCAAUUCAAAGAAUCUGGUAUAAACGCAGUCAUUAACUUACAGACUGCAGGUGAACAUGCUCACUGUGGCCCUCCUCAGGAAAACAGUGGCUUCACAUACAAACCUGAAGAUCUAAUGAGACAAAAUAUCUAUUACUACAAUUACCCUUUACCUGACUAUAGUACAUUCAGUGUCGAGAAUAUGCUCGAUGUUGUAAAAGUUAUUGACUUCUCUUGUCUGAAUGGGAGAAUCGCUAUACAUUGUCAUGCAGGCUUAGGUAGGACAGGAUCAGUAAUAGCCUGCUAUCUUGUUUAUUCUCAGAGAAUUGGAGCUGAAGAGGCCAUUACUAAAGUUAGAGAUAAAAGGCCAGACUCUAUUCAAUCGAGGAGUCAGAUUGAACUGGUUGUUCAGUUUUCUCUGUUCCUCCUUUCUCUCUGGAACCUUUAUCCAACUCUUCUUUCUUCCUUUACACUUGCGGAGUACAUGGAGAAACAGUUUAACUUGCUCCACGGAGAAGAGCUAGAGAAAUACAAACACAUACCAAAGGUUAUUAGUGUAUUAUGCACAUGCAUCAAAGAGCUUCACGGGUCUAAGUCAUUCCAGUAUCACAACGUUCACUAUGAUACCAGUACUAAUAGCAGCAUUGAGCAGAAUGAGAGCACACAUGACGAAGGUGAUGAGACCGGUGAAGACACUGAGAGUUGGUUAUUGGUCUCAGUUUAUAGUAGCAGGGAUGCGUCAGGUUUUAGUGAGAGCACAGAGUCUUGUCACCAUGAUGAGUCUGAUCAUCUGGUACCAUCAUUACUGGGUACCAGCCCUUGCUUAAGAGAUAAGGAUGUACUCAAAAGACUGACAAUCAUUAAGGACGAGAUUAAUAAUAAGUGGAAAUGGGAGGAGCUGUCACAAGAGACGAAUCCAACGGUGCUUUUCUGUCUGCUGUUCACAUACUUAUCUCAUCUUAAGGGCCCCGUCAUACAGUUGAGUGAUUGCUAUAACCCAGAUUUUAUGGAUCACCUCUCUAAAUGCCAGAAAGCAAUAUUAAUGACUAUAUUGGAGACAAUCAAAAUAGUUGUCCCUCCUUCUCAUCUCAUUACAUAUUUCUCAUCAAUUGCCAUUCACUUGAUCAAGUUCUUGUGUCAUUGCUCUUCGGAGGAUAUUGAGGACAAUCAAACAACAUGCCACCAUCUGUUACACUACAUCAUGAAUUACUAUCAAUAAAUGCAGCAAAUAUAGCUUCAUGUUAAUAAUAUUAUUUAUCAUUAUUCUGCUCUUUUUUCUGUCUUUUGUUUGCUAAGCAUAAUAUAUGGUACAUAAAAUCAACUGCUAUUUUAUCAUAUUCUAUAUCAUCAUUCCAUACACAUGUAUGCAUCUAUAAUAAUUGUCUUAUUCAAUUUAAAUAAAAUUAUUAUUAUCCAA